UAUUAUUUAUGUUUUCCUUUUUAUUUCUACAGUUGAGAGUCUCAUGUGGCUAGAAUACUUCCACCAAUCACACUGACACCAGCUGAGCCUCUGGCUGCUCAAUCCCCACUGAUCUCUCUCUCUCAUCAGCUUCCAACAUCAGUGAUUUUUGUGCAACUUCGAAUUCAUCGAAGUCUCCUAUCAAUCCUCGUUCAACAAAAAAUGGCGUCCGCAAUGCUGAACGGAGCUGAAAACCUCACCCUAACCAGAGGGAUCGGAAUCGCGCCGUCCCCAAUCGGGUUAGGUUUUCCCGGCCGGCAUUUCCCUAAAUCCGCCGGCAAAAUCUCUACCACCAGGGCUUUGAAAUCCAAAACCCUAGUUCCCAGAUGCAGCGUCUCGGUCUCCCGACCGGCUUCCCAGCCGAGGUUCAUCCAGCACAAGAAGGAGGCCUUCUGGUUCUACCGCUUCCUCUCCAUCGUGUACGACCAUGUCAUAAACCCCGGGCACUGGACGGAGGACAUGAGGGACGAGGCGCUCGAGCCGGCCGAUUUGAGCAGCCGGAAUUUGACAGUGGUGGACGUCGGCGGCGGCACGGGCUUCACGACGCUGGGGAUUGUGAAGCACGUGGACGCGAAGAAUGUGACGAUUCUUGACCAGUCUCCUCACCAGCUUGCCAAGGCGAAGGCGAAGGAGCCACUGAAGGAGUGCAGGAUAAUCGAGGGUGAUGCGGAGGACCUUCCGUUUCCGACCGAUUAUGCGGAUAGAUACGUUUCGGCUGGGAGCAUUGAGUACUGGCCGGACCCACAACGUGGAAUUAGGGAAGCUUACAGGGUUCUGAGACUCGGUGGCAAAGCAUGUUUGAUUGGUCCCGUUUAUCCUACCUUUUGGUUGUCUCGUUUCUUUGCAGAUGUGUGGAUGCUUUUCCCCAAGGAAGAAGAGUAUAUAGAGUGGUUUACAAAGGCGGGAUUUAAAGAUGUCCAACUUAAAAGGAUUGGCCCGAAAUGGUACCGUGGGGUUCGUAGGCAUGGUCUGAUAAUGGGCUGCUCUGUAACAGGUGUGAAGCUCGCAUCUGGAGACUCGCCUUUGCAGCUUGGUCCUAAGGCAGAAGAUGUGUCACAACCUGUAAAUAAUCCUUUCGCAUUUCUUGGGCGGUUCUUGCUUGGUGCCAUGGCAGCAACUUAUUAUGUUUUAGUUCCGAUUUACAUGUGGCUCAAGGAUCAAAUUGUCCCAAAAGGUCAACCUAUUUAGGAUCUGUCGAAGUUUAGUUUUUGUUAAUCGGCUUUUGAAGCUUUGCUACUGUAUUUCUCUUCAACAACAAUAAAAUUAAGUUCUCAGUAUCUGUAUCCAUGGGUGAGUUUUCUUGUAGUUUCCGUUCAAGAAUGAACAUAGAUGUGCUAAAUUGUUCUUCUAGCUGUUGAGAAUUUGUGGUUUGCGUAUUUGUGUGGUCCAUAGCUCAUAAUCGAAUGUUUGAAUGCACCGAUUUUCAAGAAUGUUUUGGUCCUAGUUGAUUUGAAAAUUUUUUGGUCCGAGAUUCUGAGAAUCGGCCAAUCAUCAGUCAUUUGAAUUGGUCAUCAGCUAUUGAAUUGGUGAAGAUAUAUGUUAAAUGGUUCACUAAUUGGUCAUCGGUUAUUGAAAUGGUGAAGAUAUAUGAUCAAUGGUUCACUGGUUCGGUCAAUGUGUUAUCAAAAGUUUCUUUG